GACACUAUAGACUUCCUUUGACCUACUUCUAACUCCUCUUAGAGUAUCAAGAGCCAGCUUAGUUUUUUUGGUUGAAUUCUAUCUAGGAAAUUGGCAGAUUGCUAGCUACAAUGCCGCAAACAUUUUGUGUUGAUUCACUUUGUAAUUUUUGGACGUCACAGGCUUUUUAAUAUUUAUCUUAAGUUAUGUUUUAUGAUUGAGAUAAGAACGUUCAUUGAUUUCAAAUGAGAGAAGCAAAUGACUGCCCACACUUAAUCAUUUCACUUAUUUUCAAAAUGUGGUUCUGUGUGUUGGUUUUGACUCUAGCCUGUCUCGACUCUACACAGAGUUGCACAGAGGAGAUGCUAAAAAAGGACCCGGAAAGUAGCUGCAACAAAUGUCCAGCAGGCUUUCACAGAGAAACGAAUACCUCCAAAUGCAGAAAAUGUAUCGGCCAGACAUUCACAGCGAUAGUAAAUGACCUGUCAACUUGUCAUCGCUGUAGAAAAUGUGAUAUAGGAGUAUCUCAAGAGGAGAAGAAAGGUUGUGAGCCCAAGAGUGACAUUGUAUGUGGCUGCAAAGAGGGAUUCUACCCAACGAUCCUCAACAAGGACUUGUACUGUGAAUCAUGCUCCAAAUGCAAAAACUGUAGUCUCUGUUCCGUGUGUAAGUCAGACAUUAACAAAGACGAGUUGAAGCGAUGCCAACCAUGCCAAGCGAAAGAGUGCACGGCUACUUCAACCCCCAAUCUCCAAAAUCCAAAAUCCAACCCCACCUUCAUCAAAAAUACAGACACUUAUCAUCUCCUCCACACCAUGAUGUAUGUCCUUCUGGUUUUCCUGGUCACCACUCUGUUAAUGGCCAGUCUCCUGGUACUGACUAAGGGAGGAUGGAGGGAACAUGGCUGUUGCGCAAACCCUGAAAAGGAACUCCAGUUGCCUACAAGGGACACCUCAGCCAACGUGGUCAUUUGUUUUGAAAACUCCAUCUCGUGCGACAGAAACACCGCUAACCAAACAACAGUGCUAGGUGCCUGCCCACAUGAAUUAAAGGAUCAGCUUCAUCAUCAGCAAAACUACCCAACUUCACUGACGCUGAACAUUACUGAAGGGAUUCCCAUGAUGACACUCGCUCACAGUGCUGCCAAGACUGAGUUUGACCCCCUUGCCACACCCCUGCUGCCAGACAGAGAGCCCAGAGUCCCUCGCCAGGACACCCAGGAGGAGCACUGGCCCGCGACGGUGUUAUAUGCCAUCAUCAAGGAGGUGCCUCUGCGGCGAUGGAAGGAAUUCCUGCGCGUGCUCUCCCUGACCGACCGGCAGCUGGAGCGUGUGGAGCUGGAGCCAGGCCUGGGCUCUAUUGAGAGGCAGUACCAGAUGCUGCGGCUGUGGAGCCAGGGCCCGACUGCAAGUCUGGAGGACGUAUACUCAGCCCUGCUCUACAUGGACCUGGCUGGCUGUGCCUACCAGCUGCAGGGUUGUCUGGAGCAGCUGCAGUGGAGAGCCACAACCAAUGACAUCACCACAGUUUCAUAGGACAACUGAGUAGGGAUGGACAUGAGUAUUCGAACAGACGUCAAAAAUCGGUCUUAACCAGAGAUCACAUUGUUUUCAAAUACUGUGUUGCAACAAAGCGCUAGGUCGCUCUCCAUGCUCACUCUCUCGGUUUGUCAAUGUUUAUGAAUUCCCCACAAUGUAUCAAAAGUAUCAGCAGUACUAAAUGUAGGCUACCGUUAUUCAUUGCCACUUCCCCAUUAAUCUAGAAUGUUUGGUUAUGGUCUUUUCGGUUUAUUCAAUAUAUUAAUACUGCAUACCGUUCUCAUUCUGGUAGUGUACACGUUUGGAGAGCUCACAAACUGCGCUGUGAUAAUGAAGUUGUGGUUUAUUUAAUUAUACAAAAAUAUAAAUGCAACAUGCAACAAUUUCAAAGAUUUUGCUGUUACAGUUCAUAUAAGGAAAUCAGUCAAUUGAAAUAAAUUCAUUAGGCCCUAA